AUGUUAAAAACUUUUGUUGCGGAUGGUGAUUUAGCAGGAUCCGUAACCGUAAAACAAUAUGAAGGACGUUAUUUUCCACCAGAUAUGCCAGAUAUACCUUCACAUUUGAAACGUUUACAGUCAUUUGAUGCCGAUGGCAGUGAUGUCAUUAUUUGUGCAUAUCCAAAAUCAGGAUUCCAUUGGAUAUGGGAUGUAGUGACAAUGCUCAUCAAUAACACAUCAAGUAUUUCGAAAGAACUACCAGGCAAAUAUAGUUUAGAACUUGGGCUUAGAAAAGUUGAACAGUCACCACCCAGAGUUCUAGGGAGCCAUUUGUAUUAUGAAGAACUUCCACAGUCAAUCAGACAAAGGAAAUGCAAAAUAAUAAAUGUUAUAAGAGACCCAAGAGCGGUAGCAGUUUCAAGUUAUCAUUUCUUCACUAAAAUAAAAAGAAGUAAAUGGAACGGUACCUGGGCAGGUUAUUUAAAUUUAUUUUUAAAUGGUAAAGUUUUGUUCAACGACUGGUUUACAUACACACAGUUAUGGGAGGGGGUCAGACAAAACAAUCCUAGUAAUCCUAUGCACGUUCUGUUUUAUGAAGACAUAGUACAGAAUCCAUGCAAGGAAUUUAAAAGACUCGCUCAAUUUCUUCAGCUAGAUGUUAAAGACUCUUUGAUAAUGACCAUUGCAGAACAAACAAAGUUUUCGAAUUUGCAAACUUUUAAAGAGGCGGCUAUUAGACACCACCCGCUUGCAGGAGGCAUGUUUACGGGCAAUAAAUAUCCUCUUUACAGGAAAGGAUACUUAUACAAAAUAAAUAAAAGGGAAUAAUAUCAUACCAGAUGAGGUCUUCCAUAUGGUGGACGAAACAGUAAUUAAAAGAACUGAAAUGAAGAAAAGGCUAUAUAUGAACAUUUGUUGACGAUACUUUGAAAAUUGUUGAUGAAAUGAUAAUAAAUCAUGAUUAUCCUCCCAGAGCACAUAGAAUCAUCCAUAUUGUUGGUUAGGUUCGUGUGGUUGAGUCUUCAGUUUUCUAUGUUUUGGUUUGUGUUCUGUUGUUUGUCUGUUUGCUUUUUUCGUUUUUACCCGCCAUGGCGUUGU